CACUCACUCUCCUGUAUUUCCUCUUCCCUUCUGCCACCUCUUCCUCCUCUUCCUCCUCCCAUUCUUCUCUCUAUUAAUGUGUCGAAUUUCUGCGUCUUCUGCUUCUCUUUUUGUCGCUCCCCCCUUCUUCGGGCUACAGGCCAGUGUGGGUCAGAGGCAGGUUGUAAUUACCUCACUCCUCCUCUGACAGCUGAAAAAAAGAGAGAGAAAAAGAUAGAAAUGGAAUAAAGAAAAACAAAAACAGACUCAUUAUUCAUUCGCACUAUCAGGACAAAACUAAACCCUCCAAUUUUAUUUUGUUUUCUAACACCAAAGGGCAAGAAAAGAUUUUUGUUUUCUCCACAAAAAUGCCCACAUUCAUGGAGAAUUCGCUGCACCUCACAGUGGGUUCCAGCUGAUUUCACUGCUGGCAAGUAUGCCCUCAGUAUUGCUGCUGAAAUGCAUGCUGCUGUGUGCGAUGACGGGAUGGACGGCGUGCAUCUGCAUGCUGAAGAAUCACACCAUAUGGAUUGAGAGGCAGGACUGUGGCCAGUGUGUGGCUGUCAACACUACGAUCUGCAGCGGCUUCUGUUACACCAAGGACACCAAUUUGAGGGGACGGCUCGGGAGAAUCUUCCUGGUCCAGCGUAGCUGUGUGCCUCUGUCCCUGGAGUACCAGGCCACCUCUGUGCCGGGCUGCCCUCAGGACGUCAACCCGGAGCAGUAUUAUCCUGUGGCCCACCAGUGCAGCUGCAGGCGCUGUGAUGCACGCACACACCACUGCAUCCGCGCCAGCCCAGUCUCAUACGACCGAUGCAUCGCGACUCUUAGCGGUAUGAAAAGCCAGCGGCAGCCUGCUUUAACGACCUGAGAACACGCUAAUACACAGGCAGUGCAUGUAGAUAGCAAAUGAUACAGGCUUUGGACUCGAUGGAUUGGCAGUGUUGUUGGUGUUGAUGUUAUUGUGGUGCACUUCAGCCCGAUCAGCCAUGCUGUUAUUUUCUAGACUGUUAGGCAAGAUGUUGCAAUAAAACACUGUUGAACACGCAUUUGUAGCUUUGUUGUGAAUUGUGUUGCCGGUGUAAUUGAAGCGAUAACGAGGAAUAUGUGGAAAUAAAUGAGUGCAUAGCGAGUGCAUUUCCAUAAAGUCUC